GGAGAUGACUAGAAAUAUUGCGUUGGUAAAUGGUGCAGAAAUCAUUCAAUAUUUUUAGUUGUUUAGUUCAAGGUAUUCUUUACAAGUUUUAACUAUGAAAAAAUCACUAAAGUAACUACAGAGGGCCAUGAACAUCUUAACUGUUUCACUCUGCAGUCAAUAUAUAUCAAUUAUUCACCCAAAAUCGACAACGAAAGUCUUAUUUUUGCUUGAAUUGAAGCUGUUUGAUCGACACACCUAAAGUAAAAAAUGGCCGACCAAAAAAAAUCAAAAGAAAAUCCGAUGUCGUUUGAGGCUUUUCGUACAAAGAAAGCCGGCGCUGGAUCUUCAACUUCAACCCAGAAAACCACGAGCAACGAAGCUACGAAGUCUUCUACGACAAAAACUACGAGUUCUGCAGGACAGGAAUCUCGUUCUAGACCUCAGACUGCUUCGAAGAGUAAAGCACCUAGGCAUAGAUCUGCUUCUGUUGACGGUUUAAAUAGUUCUUCAAUUUCGAUCGAGGCACGUCAAGAAAAAGUCAAACAACAACGUAAUAAACAGAUCGAGGAUAAAAAAAAGAAAAACGAAGAAAGGCGAUUGGCUUUUGAAGAGAGAAAAAAGAAGAGAGAAGAAGAAGAGAAAAGGAAAUGGGAAUCUUUGAAACAACAAGCUGCUAUGCAUAGACCUGGUUCUGGGAGAAAAUUACCUACUUUACCAGAUGGACCAAAGAGACCUGCAACUGCUGGAGCAACAAGACCAACAGCUUUACCAAAGGGUCUSAAGACAACCUCUGCUUCUAAACUACCUGGUCAAGGUACAACUAAGAGCUCUGCAAAGAGUCCAGCACAGUCAACUAGCUCUAGUCAUUCAUCAGAUUCAAGYCCUAGACAUUCCCCAACCACAGGUAAAUCAUUACUUUCUGCAAAAAGACCAGGAUCUAGUAGUAAUCUCUUAACUGAAAACUGUAGAKCUAGCACUAGUAAUUUAAAUAGACCAUCUUCUAAGAGUAGGCCUUCAUCAAUUCAUGGGCCCGAUUCCAAAUUGUCUACUUCUAGAAGUCAUAAUUCAUUAUCAGCGACUAAAAAUACUGUUAAAAAGGCACAAUCUACCAGUGCAUUGCAUCGUAUCACUACAGAUAAACCACAUCACCCUAAGAAACAUGCCGAGAAACAUGAGAAACCAAAGGCUGGCAUGCUUGAUGAGGCUGCAGCUAAGCAGGCCUUAGCGGAGAGACGAAAACAGGCCAGGGAGGAGGCUGAGCGCAAGGCUAAGCUGGAUUUGGAGAGGCAGGAAGAAGAACGCAAGAAGAAGGAAGAAGAAGAAAAGAAACUAGCAGAAGAAACGGCCAAAGAAGAAGAACGGGUGCGAGAACUUGCCAAGUUAUUAAAACAACAGAAUGAAGAAAAGAUGAAAAAAGCCGCAGAAGAGAAAGAGAUACGAGAGAAAGAAGAAGCAGAGAGACUUGAAGCUGAAGAAAAGCAAAGAGAAGAGGAAARAAAAAUCAAAGAAGAGGAAGAAAGAAUUGCUGAAAUAGAAGCUGRAAAAAAAGCAAAAGAAGAUGAGGAACGCAGAAGGAAAGAAGAAAUAGAAAGACAGGAAAGAAGAAGGCGGGUUGAAGAAAUCAUGAGUCGUACAAGACAAGCCAAGACAGACUCUCCUAAUCCAGAGUCCACAGAAACUGCCUCUAAUCUGCCACAGGAGAUUAAACCAAUGGAUGCAGAGGAUACCAAACGAAAAGUAAGUGAACUCUUACAGAAGGUCAAAGAUAGGACAGACUCAGUGUCACCGGUAUCAUCUGUAGACAGUGAACCUAGUUCUUUAGUAAAUACUGCACAAGAUGUACAAGAGGGACAAGAAGCUGCAUGUCAAUCGGAAAGUACUUUAGACAUUGACCAAGGAGAGAAAUCUGUUGAGGAAAAAUUAUCAGAUGAAAUGGAAAACCCUAAACCUAUACAAGAAGUGACAGGCGUAUCAGCUGGUAAUGAUUCUGUCAUAAAAGUMAGGGUUCGUAUUUCUGAAACGAGGACUGAAGUUAAAGUGAAUGGAAGGGAAGUGCAAAGAACAUUGAGUCAUGAACAUGACUCUAAGAAUGAACAAUUGAAUGGGAAUAAUGUCAAUACUAAAGAAACAGAUGCCGAGGGAUCUAAUGAUAAUCAAGAUGACACUAGUAUAGACCCUAAUGGAUCAAUCAAUGGGCAUCAAGAGAGAGGAUAUGCAGAUGUGAGGCAGGAUAAUAAAGAACAUAAAGAACAAACAGAAAAGCCUUCAAUGGACUCGCAAAUCUCUGCCGACAUGGAAACCCUGUGGAAGAAUACAGAAAUACUGAUGCAGAAGACUGAAAAUAGCACAUGUGAGAAGCUAGAAAAUGCAGGAAUAGUUGCGGAGGGAGAUAAUGAUGAACACAGUGAAGAAGGAAAGCUAUGGAAGGUGGUUGAAGGUAGUGGUGUUGCACUCUCUGAUGAUGUUGCAUAGAUACUGUAGCACGUGCUUUGUAUAUUAUAAGUGGAUUAAAAUAUAUAAAACAACAGUGAAUUUACGUGAACAUUACCACAGCAAAAAUUAAUGACUGCAAUAAGGUGCAGCUAUACUAGAAAUAUCAUCUUCGGCUGCAACUCUUAUCUCUUCYGUAUUUCCUCUUGGUGGACCACCUGUGUCCCCCUUACCUAAMUUCUUCCACAGGAAGCCCAGAGAAGAAAAUACAGAGUGAAAGAGGUGCCCUCUAUACUGUAAAUAACAACUGCUGUAUCACUGGAUGGUGGUAAAAUUUAAAGUGAGAGGGUUAUUAAUAAUUGGAUAAACAUGCUGUGAGUACAUCUUCAGAAGAUGUUUUUUUGUCAGGUUAUUCUAAACUAUUGCGCAACAAGAAAAAGUAUGACUGACAAUAAUGUAUUYGCAUACUCUUAUGCACAGGCUGUUGUAUGUUAAGCCAACACAUUUUGAUGCGAAGCUAACUGGUUUUACCAAAUAAGGUGCUUAAUAACUUGUUUAGGUAUCUGAUAGKUUCAUCUACGCAUAGUUUUGCCYAUGUAUAACUUUCGCCUACRGAAGUUYGCCUACGUAUCAAAUGCAUUUUAAAACCUAUCYAUGAAGGGUGGGACAAUAAAUUAAUAUACUGUAAAAAGGGGAAUAAAUAGUUCUCACAUAAAGGAAAAAAGUUUGUCAAGGCAAACAAAGUAAAAGAAACAUCGUGAAUGAGUUAACAACUUUAAGAACGAAUGAAUAACUGUUGCGUGACAACAAGAGUGUUGGAACUUGUCAAUGAAACCAGCAAACUACYUGAUUUUUAUAAGAAAUAUUUGCUUGUUUGCCRAAAUCUUGAKUWAAAAAAAAAAACCAACCCAAGUUUUAUCUGCAGGAAUGUUUAUGUAAAACUCAAGGCAAAUAAAGUWAGAAAUUUCGUGAAUGAGUWAACAGCAAAAAGCCUGUGCRUAGAAGUAUGCAAAUAUAUUAAAAUAAUGUGGUCAUACUUUUCCAUGUGGAGCUGUAAGGUUACAAGUUUAGGUUAUUUAUGGAAGAUAUUUUGGUAAAGAUCUAUUUGAYGCAUUCAUGUGUUUGUUCUAAAGAAGUUGGGCAAGAAGUGUUGCCGUUAAGUUAUUAAGGCAUGACUUUGCAGAUUUAGGAAUUACAAAGUACUUCAUUGAUUAUCUUACAGGUAUUUUGUUUUCUAAAUUGGUGUCCCAUUUCUGGCCGACUUUUCCACAACUAUUAAAAAAUUUAAAAAAUUUGCUUCCUUAAUUUGAAGUGAGACAAUACAGUACCAGAUUAAAUAGUUAUGUUUUGUAAAGUGAAUUACCUGGUAAUAAUUAUUAUUGGACUGACUUUAUCCCAUCACACAAGAAAGUGACAUUUUUUUAAAUUUUCACAUGGUAUCAUGUCAGCCAUGACUAUUAAUAACAACUUUUUCUGCAAAUUUUAUUUAGAGCUAUGUCAAAAUGGCUGCAAUGCGAAUAUGUUCCAUUACACAUGCAUGAAAAUCUAGAAUAUAGGAAAUAUGUUUGAUCAGCCAAGAGGUUGUUUCAGGGUUCYAUAAAUUUGAAAUAUGUUACAGUACAUGCACUGUAAUUAGGUUAUUUUUCAGCAUUAUCAUGCUGCUAUUGGUCACUGAUGGUAUAACAUGUUCCAGUCUGUGCAAUUCCAAAAGAUGUCAAAUUUCCCACCCCCACCCCCGUUGAGGGUCUUUGGUAUACUAGAACUUUCUUACCCUGGUAAUUUCUAUAUGACCCCACUGCCACUGAAAAGCCCUGUAUAGCUUAGCUAUAACCAACUUGGCUAACUUGGUCCCUAGUCAUCAUUUAAUGUGCAGAUACUGGACUCCCUCCCCUCCUAUUCYCUAUGCUUCUUCUACAUGGAGAGGGGAGGGGGGUGGGGAGAAUUAUGCCAGCUGAGUUGCCAGCCUUUCCUGAAAGGAAUUAUGGGUCAACUUUUUGGUUAGCAUUUUUUGAGCAGAGACCAAGUACAAUUUUCAUUUCUCUUGUCAAUUGCCCUAUUUCACUAUGACAUCACUGCUUGUUUAUGUGGGGGAUAGAAUCACCAAAUCCAAUAGAAAAUUCAACAAAAUUUGCUCCUUGCGAAACAGUUUGAUCUAAAAUGGCCUGGUUUUCAGAUAUAAUAUGUGUUAAUAUGUACUAAAAAAUAUUCUGAGCAUUUGCUGGCUAUUCUACUUCUCUUCAAGGAUUUGGCAUUCUUCCUCAUAAAUUGGACUAGCAUAUUUACGAUCAAUUUAAAGAAUGAAGAAUUCAUAUUUCAUGGAUUCUCUUGGCAGAAUAAUGGAAAAUGCUAAUUAAAAUACGAUGUUGAAUCUUCAAUUCUGAUUGGUUGAUCUUGAGUUUGUUUUGAAAGUCAACUCAGCUGGUGCUAAAUCAGUUCAGCAAAACAAAUUGCUGUGUACCUUGCCUUAAAGCCAUAAUAUCUUCAUCUCGUUUAAUUUAUUUAAACAAUAGAGUAGCUCCAUUAAAGAAUUUUUUAAAAAACUGCACAGAUCACAGAAAGUCUAGCCCACUUGCAUUGUAGACUUUAUCCUUGUUAUCAUCAUCCCAAGGAAUCCAUUAAAAGCAUCACGAACCUCUCGAUUGUAGUUACUAUUAAGAAUGAAAUAACUAAAAGCCAAAAUUUUAUGUAAUUUACUUAACCACAAAUUAACGUUUACGAGGUUAAAAAUUUAAUCCAACCUGCAUGGCACUGACAAGUGAAGGCAAAUAACUAUAUUUUCUUAACUUAAGCAAAAGAUUUGGAAUAAUGUUGAUGAAAGUACAGAAAAUGAACCAUCCUAGCCUCAUUUACAUAGCAUUAAUUUGUUGUGCGUAACAGACGUCUAAAGGCUAUGUUAAUUGUUAUUGACGACUCUUAAAACCCUAGUCUAUGUGGGCUUAGUCUCACCUUUGUGGUCAGUAAACCAAAGCAGAAAUUAGAAUAAAUCCAGCAACUCCUAAAUUUGAGGCUAAAAGACUGCAUAUGCUGGAAAUUUAAGAGUCAUCAAUUCCUUGUUUUGGGAAAGUGUUAGAUAUAGUCUCAUUCCACGAUGGACCAAUUUUCUUCCAUAAACUGUUAAGUUUUGUUUUUACUCUGCCCCCCCCACCCCACCCCUAAGAAAAUUCCUUUAUGCGGGCGGGGGGAGGGGGUAUGGAUAAAUUCUGGAACUACACAAUUUCAACUGAAAAACCCUAUUGGCUGUAGUGUUUCUCAUUUCUUAAUUAGAUACAUUUGUAUUCCAUGACUACACACAAAUUUGUACAGGCUUAACUUCAUUUAAAAGCAAAUGAGUUGCAAAGGACACCAGUAAUGUAAAGAACUGGGAACUUUAACAACACCAGCAUUUGAAAAUUUCAUGGACUUUUAAUGGUAUCCAUAAAUAGCUAACUUAUUAACAAGGCUAAAAAUGUAUAAAUGAGUMKGGUCAUGAAAUACAGCAGUGUGUAUCRGAUGAGAAAGAGGACUGUAGACCCCUUGCACUCAAUYCCUAGAGGAAUUGUUCUGGGGGAYGAARCAAUAGGUGAUCUUUUCUUAUACAAAACAAAUCCAUUGCUUUGUCCCAUACAACAAUACAACAUUUUACAGUUCYGUUCCAAGCUGAGGCUGGAGUUUCYGCGCAUGAUAAAAAGUAUAGYUUUGCUAUGCGCGGAAACUGCAGCCUUGACUUGCAACUAUUAUUCAUGGUCACUCGAAGGGAACUGUAAAAUGAAGUAUUCCUCUAGGAACUUGGUGCAAGGAUCUGUUGACUGAAUUUAGAAAAUGGUACCAUUUGUAAUUUAUGGUAAUAAAAUAACACAUAUUUGGAAGUGCCCCUUGCAAACUUAAUAUUUAUUUGUACCCUUCAUAAUAUGUAAAAAAUAUGUCAUUUCCUUUACUCAAUUGCCCUGUAAGUGUUGCCGCUCAAAAUUAGAUUCACCCCCAUCCUACUAUUGCCCACCCAAUCCCAUAAAUUAUGAACGGUCCAUUUGAAAAGUGAUUUAUUACGUUUUGUCAUGGGUUUUCUUCACAGAUUAAGCGUGAAUGGUUGUAACAAUGUUGAAUAAUAGUAACUUAGUGAGCAACUAGAUUUGUAUUUAUUUGAUAAAUAACUGUUAUGGUAAUAAGUAAAGUUAGUUUCUAUUCUUUGGUAAAAAAAUAUUUUGAUAUUUAUUAAAAGUAAAUAAUGGGGCAGUUGAAGUGGACUGCUUUUGAGAUUUA